AUGGCCUCGCAGGCAGUGAAGCAGCGCAAUACCAUCAGCUUGCGAGGUUCGGCACAGAUCGUCGCAGAGUUCUUCAACUACGCCGUCAAUAGCAUAUUGUACCAGCGGGGUAUCUACCCGCAGGAAACCUUCCAGCAGAAGAAGAACUAUGGGCUGGCCAUGAUGGUGACAAAGGACGACGGCCUGCUGGCCUACCUCACAAACGUCACAAAGCAGAUGACAGACUGGCUGGAGAAGGGCCUGCUGCAGCGGCUGGUGCUGGUUGUCACCAGCGCAUUCACGGGGGAGGUGCUGGAGCGGUGGACGUUCGAGGUGCAGACAGACGAGGCCACGCUCAACGGAGGGGCGGCGCCUGAGAAGCCUGAGAAGGAGAUCACGGCUGAGAUCCAGGCCAUCAUCCGCCAGAUCACGGCCAGCAUCACCUUCCUGCCGCUGCUGGAGGACCCCUGCACCUUUGACCUGUUGGUCUACACGGACACCAAGUCGUCCGUUCCCGACGAGUGGGAGGAGAGUGACCCUCGCUACAUCACAAAUGCGACAGACGUGAAGCUGCGGUCCUUCACGACAAAGGUGCACAAGGUGGACACGGUCGUGUCGUACCGCCUCGCGGAUGCAUGA